CCAGGUCAGCUGCCUCCUCAGCCCCUCGCCAGACCCUUGCCGCCUGGGGAUGUUGUGUCAACAGUGUCUAGGCUGUGUGUGUGGUAACAAGACAGCCGGCUUGGGUUAGACACCUCACCUGGGGGAGGAGAGGCCCCGGACUCAGCCCUGCUGUGAGCGCUCUCCCUUCCCUACCGCUGCCUGGGAACUCUGGCCCUUCAGUUGUCCCUUCUUGGGAUUUCUGAGUCUUUCCACCCAAUGACCUUUAACAACCUGACAGCAAGGAGAGGCGGGGACAGUCUUAUCACUGAUUUACUUUGAGGAUUUUUCUGUAAAUACCUUCAGCUGCUGCUCUUUGCCCAGCCAGGCGUGGCCUCCCCACCUUCCCAGGGCUCAGUCCCCAUCCUGUCUUGUGUCUGUGUUCCCGUUCUCCAGCCUCUACCCUCCUUCCAUCUCCUGGUGGCGCUCCCAGGGUGGACCACCAUCUUUUUCUUCCCUGGGUAUUCUCCUCUGUCACCCUUGAUUAUCUGUCUGUCUCUUCCCCAUUCUCUGCUCAGAGCCAGGGACGGGAGGGAAGCUGGAAUCUUCUGGUGGAGAAGGAGGGGGAGGAGGAGCGUUCUUUUUCCCCAGCUCCCCAGCGCCUCCUUUCCUAACCAAAAACACUGAGGUUUGGAGGUGAGAUUUAAAGGACCAGGAGCUGCAGUGCUUCUUACUGUUUGAGUCACACUGCCGCUGUUUCCCAGGGAUCUCCUUAACUGCGCAGUGCCUGGGCGCAGGACCUCCCUGCAGUCCCCGCUCCACGCUUCCCAGUCACUCUGUCUGACAUGGACCCCCGCCAGCUCACUGGCCAGGGCAGGAUGACCAGUCAGAGAAGUUACGACGGGUCAGCGUCCAACUCCAGGGCAGAAAAAUCAAGAGUUUGCAGGGCGUAGGCCGAGACCGGGACUGCAGCUGCCUGUCUCGGUGUGGAACAGCCUAGUGCUGCCUCCACCCGGCGCCGUCUCUCCAGGCAGGCAGCAAAGAUGGAAGAGUCCCUGGCCUCAGGAAAUGUCUAAAUGACUGCGCUGUGUUCCCCCGCCCCAUCGCCCAGGGCCUCCCUGCAGGCCCUACCUGUUGGUUACAAAUCUGGACCCACACCAUGGGGCUGGAAGGACUCACCCAGACUGCCACCAGGCUUCUGACCGAGUGCUUAUGUCCCCCUGGCCAAUGCUGUGGCAGUGCUCUGCAGGCAACAGUCCUCUGGCUUGACCCCAGCCUUCAGCAGGUCACCGGCGGCUGCCUCUGCAGAGUGUGCACUGACCGGCGCCAUCGCCCCCAACGUGAGUCGGUGGUCCUUGGAAGGAUCAGAAGUGGGGUGUAAAAAUGUCUGAAUCCCAACCCCAUUUCAAGCCUCCCGGGAUGCAAAGGGUACCUCCACCAGUGCCGAGAGUCUGCACUUCUGUGAUCAGAGCCUUCAGCUGGGCAGCGUUAUUUUUGAACAGAGGUGGUGAGGAGGGGCUGAGGGCAAUGGUGCAGCAAGAAGGCAGUGCCCCUGAGAGAUGGUCUCUCCCUCCACUGGCUCUCCUUCAGUGCCACUUGACUGGAACCCUGGUGGGUAUGGUCUGUGCACAGGGACCGAUCCAGAAGUUAACUUACCCCAAGACACCUCCUAUGGCCCCAACCCCGCAGAGAAACUGAACCUCCAGCUCCUCCAAGAUCAGCAUAGGCCAGUGCUCCGUAGCCCUGGCUCCUGGGAUUACUUGGGAAGGCAGAGAACAGAGCCAUUCCUGGGUGGGAAGAGGGGACACCAUUCCGAGUGGGGAGCGGCGGAAGCCGGAAGGGGGUGCCGCUGUAAGGGUGGCCCGGCUCAGCGGCCCGCUCACCUCCAGGGCUGCAGACGCCGCCAGCGCGGUCACCACAGACGUGGCUCCACGCACACUCGCCUCACCUCGCCGCUUUCUUGGCCGGCCCGCCGGUAGCUCAGACCAGUAGAGACGCCGCCCCACCCCCGCCCCUGCAAAAGCCCAGUCCCAGGACACGGGGUGGGGUGAGGCGGAGGCCGCCUCUCCUGGAUUUCCCCACUCACAUUCCACUCGCACCGCCCGGCGUCCGGCUCCGGGGCGCGCGAGGGUUAACCUUGCGGGGGUGGGGACUUUGGCGCGAUCCGCGCUGGGAGGGAGGGGAGAGGACAGGAGACGAGGCGACAGGAGGCGCAGGGGUCAAGCCUCAGAGUCUGUCGGAGCCUCGGGUGUCUCAGGCCACCGGGCAGCCACUGGGGCACACGCUAAGGGCCCCCUGCCCCAAACUUCAAGUCGGGAGCGGGGGGAGAGACGCUGGGCAUCAAGACGGGUGGUCGCCUGUCAGGAUGCCGCCCCCCUCCCCGGGGACCGCUACGUCUACCCCACCUCUGCCGUCCCAGCCCCUGCUCCGGACACUUUACUGCUUUGGGUCCGGGAUGAAGCCCGGAGACCCCACGACGACCCCGGAGUUCGAGUCAGCCGACGUGGCCCUGGGUCCGCCGCGGCCCUGGGCCUGCCCGGCUGACGUGCGGCUCUGCGGCCACCUGCGGAAGCAGAAGUCCCAGGGCCGCCGCUUCUUUGUGCUCCGCGCCUAUCCGCAGCGCCUCGAGUGUUACGAGAGCGAGAAGAAGUUCCGCGCCGGCCGAGCGCCGCCCAAGUUCAGCGUGAGCCUGGAGGGCGCGUGCACCAUCAGUAAGCGCGUGGACGCGCGUCAGCGACACCUGAUCGUCCUCUACACGCGCGACCGCAGCCUGGGCGUGGCGGCGGCCAGCGAGGCGGAGCAGCAGGCGUGGUACAGCGCCCUGCUCCAGGCGCGCGCCGCCGCCGCCGGUCCCGACUCCCACGAGGACCCCGGGGCCUGGAUCCUCGCUCCGUUUCAGGACGUCUGGCCCGUGACGCUGCGGCCCAAGGGGCUGGGGCGGGCACGAGGCCUGGGCAGCGGCGGCUACUGCCUAUGCCUGGGUUCCGGGGUACUGAGCCUGCUGCGGAAGCCCGGGGGCAGAAGCUCCGGGGCCUCCCGGGCAUCUCCGCCGCCGGCCCUGCGCUUGUCCCUGCUCAGCGUGCGCCGCUGUGGCCAUGCCGACGCUUUCUUCUUCCUGGAGCUUGGCCGCUCAGCACCCACGGGUCCCGGGGAGCUGUGGCUACAGGCGCCCGAUGCCGUCGUGGCCCAAAGCAUUCACGAGACUGUCCUGGCCGCCAUGAAGCGAAUCGGGGACAGUGGUGCCGGUGGCAGGGCUGAGCCACUGCCAAGAAAGCCCCCGACGAGCGCCUCCACACCCUCUGUCCCCCAAUCUUAUGAGACCCCAGCCUCUGCGGCCCAAUCAAGCGGCCUGUACCAUCGGGGGCGCCUGAGUGAGAGAAGCGAGCAAGCAACCCUCAAGACCCUGGCCAGGCUGGGGGCGGCAGCCUCACACCCCGAGGGGUUGGAGCGGGGCGGGGUCUACAUAACCAAGGGAGCCGAGAGUGACUACGAGCCCAUGGGGGGCGGCCAAGCCAGCGGCUACGUGGUGAUGGCGCCCCCGGGCCUUCCUGCCUCCGCCAAAGCCGCUUCCCGCCAGCCGCUCCAGGAUGGAGGGGUCACUGAAUAUGUGUCCAUGAGCCUCUGUGCACCACGGUCCUUUUCCUCGAGCUUCUUGCCUCUUCCCUACAGGCCUGGGGCCGGGGAGCCUGGACCCGGGCUCCAAGGCCCUCGCCUCGGCGUGGGAGCCGACUGGGGACCGGCAGGGGCUCAGCGCUGCUUGCAGCCACCGUCAGAGUUAGCCGGGGAGUACGUGUGCACGGCCGCCGACUACAUAGGAAUGGGCACUGACAUCCCCGAGCCCCCGGACGGCGGCCUCAACUACAUCGACCUGGACCUGGUCCCUCCCCUGGAGGUGCGAGGCGACGCCCCCGGGGCCAGGCACCGCCCACACAGCUACGCACACAUCGAGUUCCAGAACCUCGGGCAGGCCCAGAGUUCCUGCAGCAUCGCUCCAGAGUCUCAAGUCAGCCUUGGCCCCCCACCCUGCCUCCAAUGAUGACGACGAUGAAGACAGAGAUCUGCCCCUCCCCCCCCCCACACACACCUGCUGUGCUUGCCUGGUGUCGGCUUAACUCCUGGGACCCCAGAGCAAGAAGGAUGAGAGCAACAGGUAUCUUACACUAGUGCCCUCCCAAAGUGAUGACACCCUCUACCCCCUACUUUACCUCUCCCAACACCAGCUAUGUGCUCACACAAUUCUCCUUCUCCCCGGCCUGGCAGAACUGAUGGAGUCCUUGCUUCUAAUACACUUAAUCUAGUCUAGGAGACUAUACUGUGCACCCCACCCCCAUUAAAGUUUCCCUGCUGGGUCA